AUGGCCGGCACACUGAUGGAGAACUCAGUACAACAGUGGGAGUUCCAAACCAAGUUUGACAAAAUAUGCAAUGCAUUCUGGAAUCGGUUGGCAUCUCAUGAGGAGGUGCUCACUUUACCUGCAGAUGCGGAGACACUGGCGUCGUCCUGGUGCGUGUCGCUCCCCUUCUGGGCUGAGAGUCAGGAUAGAAGGGGAUUCCAUCAGCCCUCCACAACCUGGGGAGACUCCUUGCAAAUCGGGAGCCCCACAGGACGUUUUGGGGGGUUUGGUGGUUAG